AUGAAGAUUGAAUACAACCCAAUUCCCUUUGACCACACAUACAUCUUGUACGACCCCAAAGAUGUGAUAUCGGUGUUGUCGGUGCAUUUCUCACUCCUCCCCAUCUACACAAUGGUCUUCUACACGUCGUGGUUCUUGUUGACUCGCGAGAUUGAGCCCGUGAUAGUGGUGGGGGGCCAUCUUGUCGGUGAGAUAACCAACAAGAUUAUCAAGCGAAUUGUGAAGCAACCCAGACCAGACUUCCACAAGGAAUUUGGUUCUGGAUCAUACUCACUCUCAUACGGGAUGCCACUGGCCCAUUCCCAAUUUAUGGGGUUCUUUGCUGCAUAUUUUGUUUGUAUUGUUCUUUUCAAAAUAAGCCAUUUUCAAACUAGUCAAAAGCUUAUUGGAUGUUUAGUUCUUAUCAUUUCGUCAGUUCUUGUGGCCUUUUCUAGAGUCUAUCUCUACUACCACACGACUCAACAGGUACUUGUUGGUGCUCUUUUUGGUGCCAUGUUGGGGUUGAUUUACUUUGUCAUCAUUGCCAUUGCUCGUGAUGUGGGGUUCAUCGAUUGGAUCUUGUCUUGUCCAAUCCUUCGUUAUUUCUACAUAAAGGACUCAUAUUUCCAUUGUUAUCUGACAUUUAAAGACGAGUACUCUAUCUAUUUACAAGGAAAGAUGAGCGGUCGUUCCGUUGGAAAGGUUUAA